AUGAGUUUCUCGAGUGCUGCGCUAUGGUGGGAGGAGUGGCAGCUGCGCGUCCUCGUCAUCGGCAGCCUCUUCAUCCAGUUCCUCCUCUACUUCUCUGACAUGGUGCGUAGAUCUCCUACCCUGGGCAAGUUCAGGAUGUUUGUUUGGGUCGCAUACAUAGGAGGCGAUGCUGUGGCGAUCUACGCCCUCGCCACCCUCUUCAACCGCUACAAGCAGCAGACAGUGGGUGGAGAGAGCAGCGCCUUGGAGGUCGUAUGGGCGCCUGUCCUCCUCAUCCACCUUGGCGGGCAGCCUUGGAUAACCGCCUACAGCCUUGAAGACAACGAGAUGUGGAAGAGGCAUGCCAUGACCUUGGUGUCUCAGGUCACGGCCGCCUUGUACGUCUUCUGCAAGUGGUGGUCUGGCGAGAAGCGGCUACUGCAGGUCGCGGUCUUGCUCUUCAUCGUCGGCAUCCUCAAAUUUAGCCAGAAGCCAUGGGCCCUCAAGAGAGCUAGCUUCAACAGCAUGGUGGCAUCUGCUUCAUCUAGGCAAGCACGGUGUUUGUGGUGGGAUACGUGCUGUUACAGUGCUAGGGAUAUCCGUUUCCCAGAUAACUGGUCCCAGUUCCAGGCAGCUUCAGAAGACGAUGACCAUUCGCUUAAUCAAUAUGUGGCACUAGCAAGCAACUGCCCACCAUCACAGAUCCUCUCACCAGCAACCACACCUACUCGGCUCAACUACAUCUAUCUAGUGUUUGUUGACAUCUCUGCCGCGUACACUUGUCGGCUUGACAUGCGGGCAGCUUACCUGAGUCUUGAUAACAAGGAUGCAUAUUCUUUGCUGCAGUGUGACAUUAGAUUUAUAUUUCAGCUGUUGUACACCAAACUUGGGACAGCCACCAGUUUGGCUGGCAUCUUGCCACUGAUUUUGCUGCCGUUCCUCAUCUUAGCUUCCCUGGCGCUCUUCGCCAUGAGCCACAAGGAUGACUACGAUGACCAGGACAUCAGGGUGACAUACAUCCUGCUCUGUUGCACUGCUCUGCAGGAACUCUUGCUGACACUGUCAUUCUUGUGUGCACCUUGCCGUAAGGCGUAUUCAGGCGCAUGGCACAACAUGGUUUCUCAGUACAACCUCAUGUCCUUUUGUGCUCGCAAGAAGCAGCCCACCAUUCUGAUGAAGCUUGCUAUCUUCGAUUGUCUGAGGGAUUACCUUAACAAGAAUUGGUACAUUGGGCAGGAACCUGCAGCUGAGCGGAUUACCGAGUUGGUCCGCAAGCACGUGAAAGAUGGAUGGAAGAAUUACAUACGCUGCGACGCCGCAAGAUACAGGAGAUUCAACGAUUUCAGGGGCCAGAGGGCCCUGAGGAGGCACCGUCGUCUGCUGGGAUGGAGUCUGAGGAAGACGUUCGAUGAGAGCAUUGUUCUCUGGCACAUCGCCACCGACCUCUGCUUUCACGACCCCAACAGCCCCCCUCAAGGACAAGGAGACGUUAAUCGAAGUGGUACUGCUAGGGAGAUAUCAAAUUACAUGAUGUACCUGCUUUCCACUCACCCUGAGAUGCUCAUGCCCGGCACCAGACCGGUUCUCUUCGCCGCCGCUAUCGCAGCAUCGAGCGUAUCUUGA